AGCGCGAGCCAGUUUACAAGGAAUCUCGCGCGCCACCGCCACGACUGUCUCGAAGGUACAGCGGUUUUGUAAGCGGACGACCAGCGACGUGUUCGGACCUUUCCAGCUGUCCACGGCGCAUUCCAGUAACCGCUGUCCUUGACGUGCUUGUGCCGGUGUUUUCCUGUCUUUGCCUUUGCAGGUGUUCAGCAAUUAAUAAUGGUGAUUAAAGUUUACAUAGCAUCUUCUUCUGGAUCAACUUCGAUCAAAAAGCAGCAACAGGAUGUAUUGGGUUUCAUGGCAGCCAAUAAGAUUGAAUUUGAAGAAUGUGACAUUGCAGCCAAUGAAGAAAACAGGAAGUGGAUGAGAGAAAAUGUACCAGAGAGUGCGAGACCUGCAACUGGGAACCCUCUUCCACCUCAGAUUUUUAAUGGGGAAAAAUAUUGUGGGGAUUAUGAAGCGUUCUUCAAUGCCAGAGAAGACAAUGCAGUUUAUGCAUUUCUAGGCCUAACUGCACCCCCUGGAUCAAAGGAAGCUGAAGCUAAUGCAAGAGAGCAGAUGUGAAUAUGCCAUUUCAAGUUGACCUCCAGUAAUACAGUGAACAAAACUGUCAGCAUAAUGAAAAUCUUCAAAAAUGGGGAAAGCCUGUUCUUUAUUGCCUAUGUUCAGCUUAAUACAUUCAAAUUUGUAAUUUUGCACGUUUUCUAUACAUGAAAAUAGAGCCAAAAAUAUAGAAAGGUAUAUUUUUAAAGGAGCAAUCAGAGAACCAAUUUUAUAAGUUUCAAUAUAUUGUAUAUUUUCUUUUGCAUAUUAGAAAAAAACAAUUUGUAUUUACUUAUAUUUUGCUGGAUUUUUAAAUGC